AUGCACGUACGGAUUAGACGUGUUGAUGCAGAGGUCCCUCCCCAAUUGGCAACUGAGUUCUCAUUGAGAAACCUUAUGAGCACUUGGAAUCCUCAGUUUGAGCCAUUUUUGGACGAAGAACAACGGCCGUUGUAUGAUGGCCCCAAGAUGGACCAGUCCCCCCUACUUGACCCAAGGUACGAUGAGAAGCAUCGGGCUCGGAGGAUUGAGCAGGGAGAGGUUCUGAACGUCUUGAGGCCAAUGACACAUGAGUCUGCUACGACCAUGGUCUAUGAUGAGCGCUACACGCCCCUCCUAAAGAGGAUUUGGAUGUGGGAGAGAAUUCCAGUUGGGAGACCGCAUAAGAUUGAACACCCUCAGGCUUGGUUCCCAACAGGAGACCCAGUCAUCGGCCCUACUGUGGCACACCUCUACGAACGAGCCUGUGGAGCCCUUGAUGGAACUCACAUAAAAGUGAUUGUUAAAGCAGAAGACCGUGAGUCCUACACUAAUAGGCAUGGUUACACUAGCCAAAAUGUGGUUGCUACUUGUGACUUCGACAUGAGGUUCACGUAUGUUGGUAGUGGGACAGAGGGAAGAUAUUAUUUGGUGGACUCCGGUUACGCGCUAAGCCCAGGAUAUCUACCGCCAUAUCCAAGAAACGAAUGUGGUGACCCGGAGGAGGUGUUCAACUACCACCAUUCGAAGCUGCGCACCGUUAUAGAACAGACAUUUGGGGCUGUGAAAGCUAAGUGGCAAAUGUUGAAAUGCGUACCUCACUAUAGCGGCAUAAAGCAAUCACAAAUAAUUCUUGCUUUGUAUGCGUUGCACAACUACGUGCAUGAACUGGAGGGAAAGAAGAAAGCAGUAACGUACAACGAACCACGAGGACUUGGCCCUUUGAAUCAAGUGGCACUUAUGGCAUUAACUGACUCCACGGAUAUGGACCAAGUCCAGCUCUAG